CGGCUAGGCGCCAGUCGCGCUUUAAACUACAAUCGGUAGUGGCUUCUAUGCCUCCACGGCAAUAAUAAAAGUAUAACUGUUUACCUAAUCGUGAAAGUGGAUCUAAUUUAAGCUGUCUUGUGUCACAUAAAAAUUAAUCAUGAACCUGGAGUUGCUCGAGUCCUUCGGGCAGAAUUAUCCAGAGGAGGCAGAUGGCACGCUGGAUUGCAUCAGCAUGGCCCUCACAUGCACCUUCAACCGCUGGGGCACGCUCCUGGCGGUGGGCUGCAACGACGGUCGCAUCGUCAUCUGGGACUUCCUUACUCGCGGCAUCGCUAAAAUAAUCAGCGCACACAUACACCCUGUCUGCUCGCUCUGCUGGAGUAGAGAUGGCCACAAGCUGGUCAGUGCCUCCACAGACAACAUAGUAUCCCAGUGGGAUGUCCUCACGGGCGACUGUGAUCAGAGAUUCCGUUUCCCCUCCCCGAUCCUCAAACUGCAGUAUCAUCCGCGAAACCUAGACAAAGUUCUGGUGUGUCCCAUGAAGUCGGCCCCUGUUCUCCUAACCCUCUCGGAUUCCAAGCACGUGGUCCUGCCCGUGGAUGAUGACUCCGACCUCAAUGUGGUUGCUGCCUUUGAUCGACGUGGGGAGUACAUCUACACUGGCAAUGCUAAGGGAAAGAUUCUGGUGCUGAAGACAGACACACAGGAACUGGUGGCUUCGUUUCGGGUGACAACCGGCACCAGCAACACAACUGCCAUUAAAUCCAUCGAGUUUGCACGCAAAGGCAGCUGCUUCCUCAUCAACACGGCCGAUCGGAUCAUCAGGGUGUACGACGGGCGAGAGAUCCUCACCUGUGGGCGGGAUGGGGAGCCCGAGCCCAUGCAGAAGCUCCAGGACCUGGUCAACAGGACACCCUGGAAGAAGUGCUGUUUCUCAGGGGAUGGGGAGUACAUAGUUGCUGGCUCCGCCCGCCAGCACGCCCUGUACAUCUGGGAGAAGAGCAUCGGGAACCUGGUGAAGAUCCUACAUGGGACUCGAGGAGAGCUGCUGCUGGAUGUGGCGUGGCACCCAGUCCGACCAAUCAUCGCCUCGAUCUCCAGCGGGGUGGUGUCCAUCUGGGCCCAGAACCAAGUGGAAAACUGGAGCGCCUUUGCCCCGGACUUCAAGGAGCUGGAUGAGAACGUGGAGUAUGAGGAGAGGGAGUCGGAGUUUGACAUUGAGGACGAGGACAAGAGCGAGCCGGAGCAGACAGGCGCAGACGCGGCAGAGGACGAGGAAGUGGACGUUACCUCAGUUGACCCCAUCAUGGCCUUUUGCAGCAGCCGGUCCGUUGGGCUGUCCCGCAGCGAUGAGGAGCUGGAGGACUACAAGGCCCUGCUGUACCUGCCCAUCGCGCCCGAGGUGGAGGACCCCGAGGAGAACCCCUUCGGACCCCCGCCCGACGCGGCCGGCCAGACCACCGCCGCCGAGGACGGCUCCGCCCACUCGGGGGGCGGAGAGAAGAAGCAGCGGCAGCCCUCUGCCGAGGGGGCCCCGCCCAAAAAGAAGGCCCGCACCACCACCAUAGAGCUGCAGGGUGUCCCUAGCGAUGAAGUGCACCCUCUGCUGGGCGUGAAGGCCGACGGCAAGUCCAAGAAGAAGACGGCGGGCCGGCCGAAGGGAUCGAAAGGUAAAGAGAAAGAUUCUCCCUUUAGACCCAAAGUCUACAAAGGGGACAGGGGGUUCCCUCUGGAUGGAGAAGGAGGCGGAGCUAAGGGCAAAGUGCAGGCAGAGAUGCCAGGAAAUUUGGGUCCACCAUCGUACAAACAGCAUGAUGUUCAGGGGAUGGACUAAACAUGUAAACCACAGCGCCACCUGGUGGCUGGAAGCCAAGAGACCACUUACUCCUCGCCCCCCCCACUCCCCCCCUGCAGAUUCCCUGACAGUGCACCCAAGAGCACUGCCCAUAUUUCUAACAGUAAUCCACCUUUACCGCAGUGGCUUCUGGGUGCUUUCGCAGGGUGCACCACCGAAGACGGAGAGUCUAUGUCUCGGUAGGACUGUAAGAUCAUGAUUGCAAAGCCAAGGUUACUGUUGUACAUUUAUUCUGCACAGCUGCCAUGUGACUUUCACAAACAUCGCUCUGAUUGGCAGACUGCAAGAUGAGAGCUGAAGAUGUGUCUCUGAAUGAAUACUGUUCAUAGAGUUGAUGGAGGAAUCUCCUUGAUUUCUGGAGAUCAUUUAUAACAAGGGGCUGUGCCAUUCUUGUCCAUUUAAAAACAAACAACAAAAAAAAAACUGAAGACUUCUUCUUGUCUGUUCUUUUUUUAUUUUUAUUAAAUGCAUCUGGCUUUUAUGGUGAUGAAACAAAGAGUAUGACAGUGAAUUUUCUACCUGUGAAAUCUUUUCAUUACUGUAAUGAUCCCCAUCAUGAGCUGUCCUCUCUUGUGUAAAUGUUUGUUUUUUUUGUUUUUUUUAAAUAAAAAUAAGUGUUUAGAUUAAACUGCACCAGCCAGAUGGGUGCCAGCUGUUACUGAAACUUCUUCAUUAUAAAAAAAAUGUCUUGCAGGCAGUUUGUUGUUCACACACUAGUAUUACUUAUUAGUAACACUAGGUGGCAGCGGCAUACUGUAAAAACCCAUUAGCUCUACAGUAAAGACAGUAGUACACAUAAAACAGGAUGGCAGUCGUUUAUUCAAAGUCUCUUUCUAUUUGAAUGCUUUUGCUACUGAUUUUGGACUCUGGUUUGACGCACCAGCCAAUCCAAAUUGACAGACCCAAGUAGAGAUCGAUGUUUUAUUUUUGGAUGUUGGCUGUAAAAGUCAGUGAUUUGUGUUUUUAUUCUAGACCUUGGCCUUGACAGUUCAGCCACAUGUUAAGAAAAUAAAUUUAAGAAACAAGGUAUUCCCCUGGACAUACAUGUAGGGUAUAAUCUGGCUUUACAGGAUGUGUAGCUGAUCACUGUAAUGGCUGGGGUAGGCAAAGCUUGUCUCGGGCCUUAAAUAACAUUUGCAUACCAGUAAUCUUUUGCUUGUAAGACUUGUGUAGUACGUAACUAUUUUAAGUUGUAAUCGGGGUGUCUAACUUCUUUAGUGAGAAUUUGAGACUUUGAUUUGUGCUAGCAUUCUGGGAUAAAAUGCAUUUAGAGGACACCUAUUUUCUGUGAGCAGUGUUAAGUACUUGGGAAUUAUAACUAUUUUUCCUUUUAUUAGGUAAAGAAGUCACUUAAAAGCAUAAGCUUUUUUACAUAAGGAAAAAUGGGUAUGGAAAAAAUACUUUUAUGCUUAUGCUUUGUACAUAAAUGUUUGUUGUGUUGUGUAGAUACCAUUUUUAUAUUUUCAUAAACGCUUCAUAAAUUA